AAUGAAGCCCGAGUACCUGAUACACUAAAGCGAAUAUAAAUAAUGAGUUCUACAUAAACAGUAGAUCAUAAACUAGCAACGUGCGGCAUCACUUGAAAAUGCUGGCAUUUUCCAUAGUUACAUUGUGCCUAAUUGCUUUUUUGCAAUACACUUCAAGUGAACCGUGUAUAUUGUCCACAUUCGACGACGUCGAAGAAGCGGUGAAAUGCCAGCAAAUAAUUGUGGACAAUUUGGCAGUACCGGCUGGCCAAACAUUGAAACUGAAUCUGACUGAAGGCGCUGAAGUUAUUUUCCGAGGCAACAUUUCUUUUGGGUUCGAACAUUGGGAUGGGCCUUUGGUGACCAUCAACGGGACAGGAAUUACUGUGCGAGGCGAUUAUGACUCAGUGCUGGAUGGCUUAGGACAAUCCUACUGGGAUGGUCAAGGAGGUUGGAGCAAUUCCAAGCCCCAGUUCUUUACCAUUGAGGCAUUUGGUUCCACCUUCAGAGACAUUAAAGUGAUUAACAGUCCGAAAGACGUUGUGCAGAUUACCAAUUCGGAUAAUGUGCUUUUUACCAAUUGGAUCAUUGAUGACUUAGCUGGAGAUCCUGGAAUAGCUGAAGCAGGGAAAGAAGGACACAAUACUGAUGCUUUUGAUGUUUGGAACUCCACGAAUGUUAUCAUAUCGGACUCCGUAAUCUUUAAUCAAGACGAUUGCGUAGCUUUACGAUGUGGAGAGAAUAUUACGGUUUCAAACUUGUACUGCCAUGGAGGUCACGGUCUGAGCAUUUCAGUGGGUUUCAGCAACGAUUCAAUUGCACUUAACACUAUCCAGAAUGUUUCUUUUGUAAAUUCUGUCAUGGAUGGUGGACGGAACGGCAUCCACGUCAAAACGCAUGUGGAUGGAGGCAUUGGAAAUAUCACGGGGGUGAUUUAUAAAAACAUAACCAUGCGAGCGAUCACUUACAAUGGAAUUCUGAUACAAGAAAAUUACCAAAACAAGCCUCCUUCGGAUACCUUGAGUGAUGUGGAACCAAAGAAUAACAUACCAAUUAGAGACUUGGUUCUUGAAGAUGUAACUGGAAGCGUUGGAAGCUCAGCAACACCGGUCGAGAUUAUCUGCGCUGAUGAAGGCUGCUUUAAUUGGAUUUGGUCCGGAGUUCGCAUAACCGGAGAACAAGAGAAUAAGUGUAACUUUGAACCCGAUGGAUACAGUUGCACCGAUAAUUCCAGCGAACUUGUUAGAUAUUUUCAAUCGACUCAUACGUCGAGUGAAAAAAUGAGUGUGUGGAAUAUUUCCUUGUGGUUUGCGAUCCUGUUUCUACGGCAGGGUUUUGGCUGGCGUGACUUAAAAUCAAGAGGAGAAAUCCAAGAAGGAUGCACCGUAACAGAUUUUGCUGAUAUACCGUUCGCCAUUGAGGAAUGCAGUAUUAUAGUGAUGGGAAGCUUUGAGGUACCUGGAGGCCAAAUUAUGGAGCUGAAUCUAAGAGACGAUACGACGGUGAUUUUUGCGGGCAAUAUCACAUUUGGUCAUGCCGAAUGGGAAGGUCCUCUUGUUGCUAUUAAUGCCAGCAACGCUAUUAUUUUAAGUGAAGAUGAUGUUAUUUUGGAUGGACAAGGCCAACUUUACUGGGAUGGUCUUGGGGAAUGGGGUAGCCCUAAACCGUUUUUCUUCGUCAUGCAGUUGCAUAAUUCCAUUAUGACCAAGAUGCACAUUCUAAAUCCGCCGAUGCAUUGUGCGAUUUUAUCCGAUUCUUCCAAUGUGGAGCUUUCUGACUGGGUGAUUGAUAGCGAGGCUGGAGAUGGGACCCCUAAAGCGAAGAACACUGAUGGUUUUGAUGUUUGGAACGGCACCAACAUUGUCAUUAGAAACUCAUACGUUUUCAACCAGGAUGACUGCGUGGCUCUAAGAUGCGGUGUAAAUAUGUUACUGGAAGACAUGACUUGCUAUCACAGUUAUGGCUUAAGUCUCUCAGUAGGAUUCACCACUGACUCCUUGGAGCAGAACACUCUUGAGAAUGUGACGAUUAGAAACGCGUUUCUAAGCGGUGGUCGGCAGGCUAUUCAUAUAAAAACGCAUGUAGAUGGCGGCCCAGGAUUAAUACGGAAUGUCACAUACAGUAACAUUGAAUUCGAAGGAGUUGAACGCUAUGGUGUGAUAAUUCACGAAAACUAUCAGGAUCCUACAAAUUCAACCUCACCGCCCGAUCCAAAGAACAAUGUUCCAAUAGUCGAUUUAACUUUAGAGAACAUCAAGGGAACUACUUUAGAUUCAGCUGUGCCCAUCUACGUGUUAUGUGCGGAAGAAGGGUGUUUCGACUGGAAGUUCAACAAUAUCAUGAUCGAGUCAAUUAACAAGAAUAAUUGUACAGCUGCACCUGAAGGCAUUAUAUGCUAACGAUUUUUAUAUAGCUUUACUCAAAUUAGCACCAAUCAAAUGGAAAAAUAGUUACAUUUUGAUGCAUACUGAAUAUACAUUGUACAUCGUUUAGAACGCAGAAAAUGUGGAAAUAUGACACGUGCAGAUUUAUUAAUAAGCAUUCGUCGUCAAACAAUGUUGUUAGUUAAAGCUGAUGCAAAUAAAACGCCAAAUUUUA